AUGUCGCUUUUCCGCUACAAUCCACGCGAUUACUUCUUUACCUCACCGAUGGAACGUUUCAUGGUGAACUUUUUUGACAACGCAUUCGAUGACAAAUCUUUAUAUCGACCGCUACAAGCUGUCGCACCAUAUUGGCUACAUCAGCCGGUCUUGAACGAAUGCAAUAUCGGAAAUACAUUCGGCGAGGUAGUGAAUGAGAAAGAUAAGUUUGAGAUUCAAGUCGAUGUUUCGCAUUUUCACCCAAGAGAACUUUCGGUAUCGGUUCGAGAUCGUGAACUAAUUAUUGAGGGUCAUCAUAAGGAGCGUACCGAUCAGUCAGGGAAUGGCAGUAUCGAACGUCACUUCGUUCGAAAAUUUGUCAUGCCAGAAGAAGUUCAACUUGACACGAUAGAAUCGCAUUUAUCUGAUAAAGGAGUCUUGACAAUUGGCGCAUCCAAAGCAACUAUCGGUUCACCUGCAGCGCGGAACAUUCCGAUCCGAGCAUCCCCAAAGGAACCGGAAGCGAUUCAGAAAUCGGAAUCAAACAAUAAAGAGCAGUAA